AUAUUGGCAAAUAUUAUUCUCAGAAGCAGCUUCAAGGUUCAGCACGAAUCUUUGAAGACAUAUGCAUCAGUGACAGCACUUCCAUUUUUGUCUACUAUCAUGACUUACGAGCUCUUUGUAACUAAUGCUUUACAUUCAGGGUGAAAAUGGAAAAUCAUGAACCAGAUGAUACUGUCCAGGAAGACUUAAUUUUCAACAUUAUAACCAGAAAAAUUAGCCAACUUCCAGAAUCAGAAAGGUAUCUACUUGAACAUGGAUCAACAUAUGUUGGAAUUAAUGCAGGUCUCUGUGGCCUAAUAGCAAACAGUCUUUUUCGACGUGUUCUAAAUGUGACACGGGCUCCUAUAGCUUCUGGCUUACCAAUGACAGUGAUCCCAUUUUUGACAGCAAAUGUGUCUUACAAAGCUUUGAUAAAUUUCCCUUUGAGUACAGGUGAGUUGAAUUGUGAAACCUGCACCAUAAUACGAGGAGGACUGGUUGGUCUUGUUUUCGGUGGUCUCUACCCUGUUUUCUUGGCUUUACCUGUGAAUGGUGGUCUAGCAGCCAGGUAUAACUCAGUCCUGCUGCCAGAGAAAGGAAACAUUUUUAAUUACUGGAUUCGAACUUCUAAGCCCAUCUUUAGAAAAAUGGUAUUUCCCGUUUUGCUCCAGACUAUGUUUACAGCGUAUCUUGGGUCCAGACAAUAUAAACUACUUAUAAAAGCUCUUCAGUUACCUGAACCUCAGUGAUUGUUAAUCAAAUGCAUAGAUAAAAUUAAAAUUGUAAAAA